AUGUCAGGUGAUCAGAGCUCUACUGACGAUCUAGAGGAAAAUGCAGACGCCGAAAACAAGGAGUCCGGUAUGGUGACUGCAUGUCUCCAAGAUCAAGACGCGAGUCUACCUGCAGAUGACUACAUCCGAAAUCGUCUUCUUCUGGAAACAGAGGUCCACGUACCCUCGUCUCGCCUGUCGCUGAGGACCAACGGGACCACGUCCAGCCUACACGCCACUGCU